AACAAUAAUACUAAAAAAGGAGAAUUUGGAAUUUUUUACACUUAAAAUUAAUUAUUUAUUUCAAAAUUUCAAUGAAAAGCAGUUCGAGUACGAAUUUCCUUCUCCAAGUUGCAAUGAACAAUCAAGUGGUUUAUUUUGCUCUCGCCGGUGUAUUGAGAUUGCUGCUAAUGAACUCAGACUAUCAGAGUGUUAUAGCAGAUAGAGUUGAGGUGUCAACAGCCUUGAAUUCUUGGAAACGAGUUACAGAAGGUGUACAUCUUUACAGCAUUGGUGUUGAUCCUUAUAGUGGAGAUUUGUUUCAUGAAACUCCUUUAGGCCUAAUAGUAUUUGGUUUUAUUCAAAAACAUUUUUCUAGAUAUGCAUUAUGGAUACUUUUCAUUAUGACUGAUCUAACAACUGCCUUGUUUUUGGGUAUUACUGCCAGUUAUUAUAUUAAAGAAUCAAUUGCUCGAGAUAAGGAAGAAAAAGCUUGUCGAAAUUCUAAAUCUCAAAAUAGCGAGGAAAAAAGUUCUUCAAUAACGAGUCCAAGCAGUUCUUCAAUUUUUUAUGUGUCUGCUGCUUAUUUAUUCAAUCCUUAUGUUGUUAUAAAUUGUAUUGGAUUAACAACUACUGUUUUCACAAACUUUCUCAUAUCAGUAACAUUGCUGUCCAUGAUCAAACGAUCUGUAUGGCUGUUUUGUUUUAAUAUUGCACUACUCACACUGCAAGGUCUAUAUCCUGUAUGCUUAAUUGUUCCUGCAGUAAUUUAUACCAUCAAAAAUUCCAAAGUAAAUGAGACACAUCAAGAAGUAGUAAAAAUAUUAGGCAUCUUCUUUACAUUCGUUAUAACCUUGUUUACGAUUUCAUACUAUAUUAUGGGAAGUUUUUCUUUUGUAAAAAGUACACUUGGUUUUAUUUUAUUUGUACCUGAUUUAAGACCCAAUAUUGGCCUUUACUGGUACUUUUUUACUGAAAUGUUUGAGCAUUUCCGUUCUCUAUUCAUUGCAUCUUUUCAAAUAAAUGUUGGCUUGUUAUUUAUAGUUCCCUUAGCUUUAAGACUGCGCAAAGAUCCUAUGCUAUUAGCUUUUUCAUAUUUAGCAAUUGAUGCUAUUUUCAAAUCCUAUCCAUGCAUCGGAGAUGUUGGGUUUUAUCUUAGUCUUCUACCAUUGUGGAGACACUUAUUCAGACAUAUGCAGCAAGGUUUUAUAGUUGGAUGCUUUAUAUUAUUUUGUACUGUAUUUGCACCAACUGUCUGGCAUCAGUGGAUAUAUUCUAGAUCAGCAAACGCAAAUUUCUACUUUGGGGUGACAUUGGCAUUUGCAAUAGCACAAAUUUUUUUGCUAACAGAUAUUUUAUUUGCAAAUGUAAAACGUGAAUUUGCUCUUCGACAUGGAGUACCUAAUCAAGUGAAUGGUAGUAAAGCAAAACUUUUACUUGAGUGAAAUUAUGUUAAUGAUAAUUAUUGGAAAUUUCUUCAAAGUAAAUAAAUUUUAUACUAAAA